CCGCAUGGAGUACGGAGCAGCGGUGUUUGGCAACGCUGCAAAAACCAAUUUGGACAAGCUGCAAGUCGUUCAGAACGCGUACAUAAGGCAAGCGAUGCGGUACCUACCGAGCACUCCGGUGCACGUCAUGCUAGCGGAGUCAGGACAAUUACCGAUGAUGUUGAGAAUAGAAGCGCUAACGAAGAGGGAACUAGUAAGAACGACAUACUUCAGAACCCCUAUCAUGAAGUUUGUCAGCGACGCGCUGUGCAAAGAAAUGGGCAACGGUUCGUACCUAACGGAAACGGCGGACAAGCACGUGGACUUGCUGUAUCAAGUACACCCCUCAGAUAAGGAACUCCCAAGGAAGAAGAGAAUGCGGUACUUCAGAAGUUCAGACCUUUUCAUGACUGUACGCCUUAACCUAGGAGGAAAGAACGUCAAGAAGGACAACGUCAGCGAGGAAUCAUGGAGAAGAAUAUACAGGGAAGAAGAAAACACAACGUACAAAAAUUAUGAGAGGAUUUUCACGGACGGAUCAAAAUCGGAAGCUGGAGUAGCAUUCGCGGUAUAUGACGACAACAGGAAACGUAAAGCAGCCGAAAGCAUUAACAGCAACUUUACCAUCACCAACGCGGAACUUCUAGCGAUUCUCCAGGCGGUGGAAACAGCAAAGAAGGAAAACUACAAAAAAGCGGUGAUUUUCACGGACUCGAGGAGCGCGUGCGAGAUGCUCCUAAACGAGGACAUCAUCGCAAACAACUAUAUCGCUUGGGAAAUCUACAAGGAGCUACAAGAUACGAGAGAAAACACCAUCAAAAUCCAAUGGAUUCCAAGCCACGUUGGGAUUAGAGGAAACGAAGUAGCAGAUCAAGCAGCGAAGCAAAAAAGCAGGGAGAAACAGACAUUCUUCAACGGACUCACCAUGGCAGAUGCGCUGAGACUCAGCAACCUGGAUAUUUGGGCAGACUGGAGCAGACGUUACAAGGAACAAUCAAAAACCAAAGGAUGUUGGCACUUCAACCUAAUGGAAACACCAGGUAGGAAAAUCUGGUCACACGAGCUGCAACUGAAUCCGGACGAAGUAAAAACCUUGAACAGAAUAAGAAGUGGUCAUGCACUCACCAAAUCCAAAAGAGCCACGUGGGGAUGGGAGAUAGACGACCAGUGUGAUUGGUGCGAAGUAAAAGAAGACAUCAAACACAUCCUAUAUGACUGCCCAAAGUUCAAUAUUGAACGAAACAAGUACCCGAUACUAGAAUACAUGAAGCCAAUCGAACAAGUUCUAAUCGAGCUUUGUGAAGAAGAACUCAAACAGAUCACAAGAUUCAUCAAGGAUACCAAAAGCCAAAUUUAA